CCGCCCGGCCAUGGAAACAAAAUAGUUGUUAUAUUUAUUUUGUAAUUUAUUAUUUUAUUUCAAUAUGAGUGUUUUAAUGAUUUGUUUUGAUGGUGAAUUGUGAUAUAAUUGUGUAACAAUGAGGCGAUACAAAUAUAUGAUGUUGUUUGUAGCACGCCGCAGCAACAUAGCGCGUCUGUCGCUAGCUCUCGUGGUAUUCAUACCACUGGUGUGGUGCUGGUUGACUGUUGACGUAGUGGCGUGGGGUCUGCUGCCGGCGGAGAUAGUGCAGGACUUCGAUCAUUUACAGAGGAAUAGGAAUCUAAAGGAGUACAUGGAUGAUAUCCAACUCCUAAUAGAGCCAUCUCGAGCACCGUGCGAUGGUCUACUAGCAGUGGUGACGUCAUCACCGCACCGUUUCGCGCAACGCGACGCGAUCCGCGCCACUUGGGGCAAGGGGUUGACGACGUUAUUCUUGCUUGGGGUUAAUGGGGGUCGGGAGGAAGAUCUUUUGGUAGACAAUUACAUAGAAGCGAAAUUACACAGGGACAUGAUCAUAUACCAGUUCAAUGAUCACUACCAGAACCUUACGCUCAAGACGGGUCUCAUGAUGAAGUGGACCCUAGAGAGAUGCCCUUCAACCAACUGGUUGCUGAAGACUGAUGAUGAUGUGCUGGUGAACCCUUGGAAGAUGAGAAAGGUGGUGGAAGGGUCACAGGAUGCCCUGAUAGGGUACAGGAAAGAAAACAACUACCUCCAUCGAAACCCUUACAACAAGUGGUUCGUACCCAAGUGGCUGGUGCGGGAUGACUUUGUACCUCACUACCUCUCUGGUACGGGAUAUUUAAUUAGCGUGAAAUACAUACAAGAAAUCCUGGACACGGCAUACAGAUUGCCCAUGAUUAAUUUAGAGGACGUUUAUUUUACAUAUUUAGUCGCUAACCAAACACUCGGUUUAAAAUUAACCCAUGACCGUAGAUUAAGUCCGUAUAAACCUUGGCUACCGAUUAGUUGUCUAUAUUGGGGGUUAGCGUCAACCCACAGCUUAACCCCCGAAGAGAUUCUGAAAUGGGGGUCGCGUCUGUUAGAAAUGGGUCGUGAUUAUGAGAAUAACAAACGUGUGUGUGCGUUUGAUAGUUUUAGUGAAUGGUUUUUGUUUUAA